UGACCUAUUAGGUUUACGAGCUGCGAGUUCCAUGGAGUAUUUUCUGUUGGGGCCUCAGGAAGGUAAAACUAGGCUUGGGUUCAAAGUUACACCCUCCUCCUGCUGUCUGGGACUCUGAUGAUAGGCGGAGCUGAGUUGUUUUUUAACAAACGCCCUCAUAGUUUAGUCAUUUGGCAGGACCUGAGCGCUUAGAAAAAAGCAGUCUACUUGAGGUAGGCUAGAUCAUACAACCCUAUGACACAGCCCCUGUCUCUUUUGAGGGCGCACGCUCAGAGGUUUAGCAGCUGAACACAGACGAUAGGCAAAAGUGUUCGCUCUUACCAGCAGAAACCAGCUACAUGGACCAUAGGAAAAACUACGGCUUCGCGAGGGCACAAAAUUGUGGCUUAUAAUUAUGCGAACAUUUGCCAUUUUUAAUGUGUUGGCAUUUAUUACCGUCGUGGUGUCUCCACUGCUGCUGGAAUGUACCACAACAUGUCGGAUGGGAAAUCAAAAUGAUUAUGUUGAGGGAGACUGCCCUGUGAAACUGACCUCAGUCCAGGACUCUAAGGGGUUUUACUCUGAACGUGUCACUGCCCAUGUUUGGAUUAAGUCUAGUGACUUCUGUGAAACCCCGAAGAUUACAAUUCAAAAACACUCUCAACAACUCCCAAAAUCUGAGAUAAUUAAGCCUAUCAUGAAAAAAAGGAAAAAACAGUGUCACGAUGAAAAAAACCCAGGUGAAACCCGAGUCAAGUGCAAUGCCAGUUUUGCUCUGUGGGAGCUGGAACAUGAUUGUAAUGAAAUUGUAGCAAACAGUGUUGUUUCUGUGUCCUACAACACAACUUCAACAAGCUGCAGUGUCAGUUACACAGUACCAGAUCCCAAGCCAGACUUUAAUCUGUCUGUGAACCUGUCGUCUAAAUCCAUCUCUGUCACCGUGGAGCCUGGAGACAAAGUUUACGCCAAAUGGUGUUACCAAAAAAGUGAAGUGAACUGCAUCGGCGGUGCACAUUCCCCCCAAAUUACUAUUGAUCCAUCUCAGGUUCGAUCAGCUCUUCUUAACAUCAGUUACCUGCUGCCCUGUGUGUGUGUCCAGGUAUAUUACACCCAUACGGAUUCCCUGCGACAUACAAAGUGCCCAUUUCAAAGUGAGAACCUUGAAGAUGUCAGAGAUGUUUGGCUCUCCUCUGAAGUCACACUGUAUGAGUCAAAUUUAAAGUGGAGUUCGGAGUGUCCUGCCAGUGACCUUAGGAUCUCUGCCUCCCUCUGCUGGAGGCAACACGAACACCUCUGCACACCUGAACUCAACUCCACACUGGUGAAAGAAAAGGAAGAUGGGCCAGACCUGAUUUAUAACACAUCUGCAGUGGACAAACACCCUCAGAUGUGUGUGCAGUUUUCUCUACAAGGCAGCCAUCAUAUAUCUUGCCCCUUCCAGGCUGACAUGUCUUCAUGGGAGGUGUAUAUCAGACCGGGCAGGCUGAGUGUGUUUUUGUAUCUCACCUCUUUUGUUCCUGCAAAGUUUUCAGCUCAACUCUGUGUCCUUAAUAAGAGGGGAUGUACACCCAUGGGGCAGGUCCACUCUGUGACAAUGGAAGGGACUACUACUGAAACAAGGAUAAAUGUGCCUCUUCACUUUCUUGCUGAGAAGCCGUGUGUGCAGGUGUGGCGGUCAGAUCCUGCUCUUCAUGGUAGAAGAAUUCUGUGCCCGGACUACACGCACAACAGAUGCGGCAUGUAUGCUGUGGCAGUUUUGGUAUUUGUGGUUAUUGUUGCUUUACUGGGAUUUUUUAUCCACCGUCUCACCAAGAGUGGAGCUGCAGGUUGGCUCUGUAUACAGGAGCCAGUGUUGCUGGUGUGCUCAUCAGAGCAGUCAGCCGAUGUCUCUGCUGUGUGUGCAUUAGCCUCAAUCCUGCAGGGGGAGCUAAGUGCCAAAGUGCACAUGGCUUUGUGGGCCCAAAGCUCACAAACACAGACUGGGACUGGAGUGGCAGAUCUGGGUCCACUUCCCUGGCUGUACGGGCAGUGGGAAGCUGUGCGUAAGGCACAAGGAAAAGUGCUGAUUAUUUGGAGUCCUGAAGCCACAAAGACUUAUGAGAAGUGGAGGGAGGAGAGGGCAAACAUUGAUAAGAAUGAGAGAAAAGAGGAAGAUUACAGCAAAGUAGAGGUGAGACAUGAUAAAAUAAUAGUAGAGCGCGACGAGGAUUUGAAACUAAUUGGAAGAAGACUGGACAAAUGCAACAAAGAGAAAGCUGUGGGAAAAAAAGGUUGUACCAGAUUAUGUGAUGAUAAAGACUGGUACACCCAGAGGGAGUCCUCUACAGUGACCGUACCAGUGUUUACUGCUGCUCUGACCUGCCUAGAGGGGGCGCUGCAGGAAUGCAAAGGUCAAGGAGUGGCCCUUGUCUACUUCCAGGGCCUCUGCCACAGCAGGGACAUCCCAAAGGCCUUUAGAGGUGUCCAUCGGUACUGCUUACCGCAGGAUUUCAGGGGUUUAAUACAGGAGCUGGGAGGGAUGAGAAGACAGACACAAACUGGUGAAUUAAGGUGGAACUGCUGGCCGAGACUCCUGUCUAAAGUGUUGUCACUAUGGCUGGCACAGCAGCUCGCCCAAAGACUACAAACACUGCUGCCUCAGACGCAAGGAAAGAAAAUGCAAGAGCUGAGCGUCACAUCUUCACUAAAAAUGAUGUCCGAUAAGACUCAAAGCAGGCUCAAGUUGCCACUGGCAGCCAACAUGGAAAGGCCAGGAACUGUACAAGAGCACGAGCCUCUCCAUGUGAUGCCAUGGCGAGAAGAGAAACUUUCAUCUCACGUUUCAAGUGUCUAAUGGGGACAGACCUUUGUUGUGCUGGAAACAUGAUACAUACUGUAUACAUAAGACACAGGAGUUGGUGUUUCAGUGUGAGCACCUCUGAGCCAAUCACUCAGUAAGAACUUUUCAUUACUUGACACCAUCAUGUAAAAAAACAGCCACCACUCAUUUUGCAUAUUAAGAGGAGGUAAAUAAUCUGUCUCCUGUCUUCUGCAUUAAGCUUUUAACAGAUGCUCUUUAUGUUGCUUUCGUGACUGAAGCCAUAGCGAACGGCUGCCCUAUUUAUGUAAAUAUGCUAACCACUAUGAAAAUCUGUAUGCAAAUCAGACCUCACUUUACAGUAUUAAUAAUGCAUGUAUCAGUGUUUGAAAGUGUUGUAACAGCACAGGUGCAAAUUUGCAAAUUUUCUAAACCGGGACGUUGAGCCAAAGCUGUCCCAGGAUUUCCAGUGUUAGAGUGCAACAGGUGGGAAGAUUAAGUGCAUUCACUGAAAUUGAAUGUGCUUGACCAUUUAGCAGUUAAUGCAUGUGGUCAUGUACUACUAAUAUUGCCUUUAGUAUAGGAGACCUAUUAUUUAAUAUGUGCACACAUACUACCUCCUAAAAACAAAGUAUACAUCCAUCAGUUUUUUUAAUGUACUGCUUAAUUCGGCAAACAUUUGAUUGCUCUUUGAAUGAAUAUUUGUUUGACACUUGGCAUUAGAACAUUUUACAUGGAAGAUAAUAAAAACAAUUUUAAUAAAAAAAAUUCAUGUAUAA